AUGGCUUCACCAGAGGACCUGACCAAGCGCAACUACGUGCGAUGGGAUGCUGAAGGAGUCGAAAAGCCACCUGCGAAUGAGGCGGAAGACAUUCAAGCCGUUGCCGAUCUGGUCAACGAGCUACAACGGCGCACUUGGAAUCAGACACGACAUGGCUACGGCGCGACUCAUGCCAGAACGCAAGGUAUUGUCAAGGGCAAGUUCAUCGUUCGGGAUGACCUGCCAAAACAUCUCCAACAAUCCGAGCUUUUCAGUCACGGAGGAGAGUACCCGGCUGCUUGCCGGUACAGCUCCGAGCCUGGCGACCCUGGUCUUGAUGACCGCAUUCCGCAACCCCGCGGCUUCGCAAUGAAGCUUUUCAACGUCAAGGGCGAGAUGUUCGACGCAGGCAGAGACAGCCCGACCCAAGACAUCGAGUUCAAUAGCGCUCCUGCAAUUGAGCUCGCCGAUGCCAAGACGACCAAAGAAAUCUUCCAGCUGCGCGCCAAAUACGGGAACGACAAGGACGAGCUCUACAAGCAGCUUAAGUCGCGGCCUGAUGCUGAGCUGCAAAUGGCCCGUGACAAGCUACGCAACUGUCAUCUCGAGUCGACUCGACAGUAUUCGCAGACGGCGUAUCGCUUCGGAGACUACGUGAUGAAAUACUCACUAGUCCCGUCGAGCGAAACGCAGCGCAAGCUGUACGAAGAAACGGUCAAGCCGGAGCACGACAAGGACAUCCUGCACAAGUGGCUGCAGAACUUCCACGCGAACCACGACGCCGAGUACCUCUUCCAGGUGCAGCUGUUGGAGAACCGAGAAGAGCAGCCGGUCGAGUACGCGGGCACGGAGUGGGAUGAGGAGAAGUACCCCUGGCAGACCGUCGCAAAGCUUGUCAUCCCACGGCAAAACAGUUUUGACUUUGAGAGAAAGAGGUUCUGGGAGGAUUACAUGCGAGUUGAUCCCUGGCACGGACUGAAGAGUCUGCAGCCGCUAGGGAGUCCGAAUAGGCUCAGGCGCGUCGUCUACCAAGCUAGUAGCAGUUUGCGCCGUGAGCUGAAUGGCGUUAAGGAAGUCCAUGUGGCAAGCAUAGAUGAGAUUCCAAACUGA